UCAGGAAUCAAGUAAAGCAAAAACACCAACGGGUCGGCAAUCUGGUCACUCCCCCAAUUUCUCAAUGCUCCAAGUUUCUCUCUCUAACCGUUCUCUCUAUCUGAAACUAACAAACUGGAAAAAAUGCUGAAGAAAAAGCCAUCUACCGUGACCCCAUCACCACCACUUUCAUUGUCUCCACCGCCAUCACCCUACCAAAACGAUGCCGUUUCCGAGGAUGCUUUUGCUAUGAUGGGCCCCCUGUUUCCCUCAGAUCUGAUCACGAGCAUACUCUCGAGGCUCCCAGUAAAAUCUUUGGGUAAGUUCAAGUGCGUUUCGAGGCAAUGGCUUGAAACAAUCACCGACCCAUACUUUGUUUCCACGCACAGAACCUUUUCUUUAAACAACCCUAAUCUGCUCUUACUCAAAAAGACACCGGUUUUACAAGAAGCUCACAAGAAGAAAUGCACAAGAAUUGAUGUCUGUUCUUUAAAUUUUGAUGGGUCUUCUAAGAAUCUUGAUUUCUCUUUGUAUUUGAAUGAUGAUGCUGAGUGCAUUGAGAUGUUGCCUUCCAAGUGGGAUAUAAUUUGCUUUGUGAGUGAAAAUGGGUUUUAUGUUUGCAAUCCUAGUACCCAAGAAAUGGUGAAAUUGCCGGAGGCUAGUUGUUGUACCUCCGGGGAGGUGAAUGCCGGGAUGGGGUACCUGAAGCAGAGGGAUGAGUAUGUUUUGGUGCAUUUGUUUGAUAAGAGCUUGGAUAUGCAUGUGGAUAAUUACAUAGGGUGUGAGGUGUUGAGGUUGAGCGACGGGAAGGAAUGCAAGUGGAAGAUGGUGGAGGCCAAUUGCCCCUUCACGGUUCGGGGGUGGGGUGUUUUGGUGAACAAUGUGUUCUAUUGGAUGUUUUGGGAUGUCUAUACUCAUCCGAGUGAUGAUGCUAUAAUUUCAUUUGAUCUUGAGAAGGAGGAGUUUGGAACUGUUUUACCACCUGAGGGUUGUUUUGAUCCGCAUGGACUGUGGUCCUUGGUGGAAUUAGGGGGGAAUCUGUGCUUAGUGGACAAUGCAACUCGACCUUUUACCAUGGAUAUAUGGGUGAUGAAAGAUUAUAACAAUCAGAAGUGGGUUCGGGAAUAUAGUAUUGAUUUAAAUGGAUAUAGCAAUGAUAUGCUCAAGUUCAUUAUUCCAUUAGAAUUCCGGGAUGGGAAAAUAUUGAUGGAUGCAAAGCAAGAGAGUCUUGACUGUUAUGAUGUGGAGAACAAGUGCGUCAAAAGAAUGGACCAUCUGAUUUCUGGAGAAUGGACUUGGCUGAGGCUUUACAAUGAGAGCUUCUUUUCCUUGGGAAGUUGAUAAAUACAUGUUCUUGAUGCCAAAUUUUUGGGCAUUUCAUGUUUCUUCUAUUAUAUUUGUUGUUUUUUGGCUCUAAUUUGUUGUCUGGGCUGCAUUUGAUUUUAGAUUUCAGGAUUUUUUUUUUAAAAUCUUAAAACGUAAACCACUAGUUAACUAGUUUUUCUAGUUCACGUUUUGAAGAUAGUUCCUCAGACCAAUUGUUAGUUCCUCAGACCGAUUGUUUUUAUGGUCUUUGGAUAUUAUUCAAUACUCUACUUAAUUUAGCUGUGAAAUGAUGUCAGAAAUGACCUUGUGUUUGAAUUAAUGAUUUGGUUUUGAUAUAAUCUCCAUCACAAUUGAACUCACGAUUUUUAGUUUGGCUAAA